AUGGUCUGGGUCCUGGUGGUCUCCGGACCUGAGACGGUGGCCAACUGCUGGUGGAAUCCCAUGCCUUUCUCCCGGAAACACAUUGCAUACUGGAACCUGAGUUGUAGCUUCCUGUUGCCAUCGAUGUUGAGGUUGGCUAUUAUUGUCUUCAUGCCAAAGGCACAAUGCUCACAUGAACAAUGCCCUCAGUGCAUGGAGCACACAAAGCCCUUGUCUCCUUCUGGAGUCCACCUGGGGAAUGUGCUGUUCCAGUAUUCCAGUGCAUUCCAGGUGAAUCAUUACUAUGACUCAGACAUGUACGGAGGGUUCUUAUUCUCAGAAUCCCUAAAUUCUGAGCCGUAUGUGACAACCUGGUGGAAGCAGUUGCUAGCAGGAGCGAUGGCAGGAGCAGUGUCCCGUACCUCAACUGCCCCACUUGACCGACUCAAAAUCUACAUUCAGGUGUACGCUGCAAAACAGCAUCUGAACCUGGUCAGCAGCUGGAAGGCAAUGGUGGAAGAAGGUGGCUACCUCUCACUCUGGAGAGGAAAUGGAAUGAAUGUGACAAAGAUAGCACCAGAGACUGGCAUCAAGUUUCUGGCUUAUGAUCAGUAUAAGAAGUUUUUUGAUGAUAGCCACUCCAAGCUAGAUAUCCAUCAACGCUUUUUAGCAGGAUCGCUCGCUGGGGUUACUGCUCAGACCAUCGUCUAUCCAAUGGAGGUACUGAAGACAAGACUUGCAUUGGGGCACACGGGCGAGUACAAAGGUAUCAUGGACUGCGCAAGGAUCCUUAUCAAAAAUGAAGGCAUCUCUGCCCUUUAUGUAGGAUACAUUCCAAACCUUCUGGGCAUCAUCCCUUAUGCUGGGAUUGAGCUUACUGUAUAUGAAAGUGUGAAGAAAGCCUACUGCCAGAGAUACGGCCAAAACCCAAGUGACCCUGGAAUCAUUGUUCAUCUUGGCUGUGGCACCAUCUCCAGCACCUGUGGUCAGUUGGGCAGUUACCCUCUGGCACUUGUGAGGACCAAAAUGCAAGCACACGCCAUUGUUGGAGGUGGGCCACAUGUGAGCAUGCACAAGCACUUCUCCAACAUCAUACGAGAAGAAGGCUUAUUCGGUCUUUAUCGAGGAUUCACGCCUAACUGCAUGAAAGUGGUCCCUGCUGUAAGCAUCAGCUUUGUUGUUUAUGAGGAAAUGAAAAAUCUCCUUGGCCUCACCUCCUAUUAA